AUCCUCUCUAGAUUUCACUAGACAACUAGGAAAAAACAGCAAAACAUCAACUGCCCAAGAUGGCUUCGACAUCUGGGACUGUAAUAAAUGGGUUAGGUUCUUCAUUUCUGUGCGGAGGAAACAGGAGCCAGGCCCUUUGGGGAGCUAGUAGUAUUGGACCCAUAGUAGCCACUCCUGCUGCAACGCGAAAGAGGAAGCUGAUUGUUGUAGCGGCCGCACCACCUAAAAAGUCUUGGCUCCCUGCUGUUAAAGGUGGUGGCAACUUAGUUGACCCUGAGUGGCUCGAUGGCUCGCUUCCUGGGGACUAUGGAUUCGACCCACUAGGUCUAGGCAAGGACCCAACUUUCCUCAAAUGGUACAGAGAAGCAGAGCUGAUCCACGGACGCUGGGCCAUGACCGCCGUGGUCGGCAUCUUCAUAGGCCAAGCCUGGAGUGGUGUACCAUGGUUCGAGGCCGGAGCCGACCCCGGUGCAAUAGCCCCAUUCUCCUUCGGCUCACUCCUUGGCACCCAACUCCUCCUCAUGGGUUGGGUGGAGAGCAAGCGAUGGGUAGACUUUUUCAACCCAAAAUCUCAAUCCGUAGAAUGGGCAACUCCAUGGUCGAAAACAGCCGAGAACUUCGCCAACGCCACCGGCCAGCAGGGUUACCCGGGAGGCAAGUUCUUCGACCCAUUAGGCCUUGCGGGUACCAUCCAAAAUGGUGUCUACAUCCCCGAUUAUGACAAACUGGAGAGACUUCAGCUAGCGGAGAUUAAACAUGCUAGAAUUGCUAUGUUGGCAAUGUUGAUUUUCUACUUUGAAGCUGGUCAAGGAAAGACACCCCUCGGUGCUCUUGGAUUGUAAAGAAAAUUAUAUAUAGCAAGUUAAUGUAGAUAAUUAAGAUGAUACAGGAAAAUAAUGGCUUUAGUAUACAUGUUCAAAGGAUACUGUUUAAGAAUGUAUAUAUAGAAUAUAUAAUAAAUAAUAGCAAAAUGAAUUGACGUUAGAA